AUGGAUUCACCCAAAAAACUUACCGAGAAUUGUCCUCCAGGGACACCAUUACAUCAAGUUUCCCCCGAACGUGUUAAUCAACAAAAACAAUGGGAUUUACCAACAUCUCCUACCGGUGAAAAUGGCUCGAAAGCUAGCAAACAUUCAAGAGAUAGUUCCGUCAAUGAUAAGAUUGCUCAGUUUAACUCUUUGGCUUAUCAGGGAAAGCAACUGGAGAGAAAGACAAAUGAUGCUGCUUUGAAGCGCGCCAUGGUGGGGAGAGAGGAAGCAGAGACUGAGAUGCGCCGAUAUAGGGAUGAAGCUAGAAUAUUACGAAGGCAGGUUGAGGAAGGAAAGGAACGGGAAAGAAAGGUUGGAGAGAGACUGGAAAACGUUAUGGAAAAUUACGGACGAGCCAAAGAAACACAUUCACACACACAAGCAUUAUGGGAAAAAGAAAUUCGGAAAGUUCGAAAAGAAGGUUUCAAAUCACAAUCUGUCGUUGUCAAGAUUCAAGAAGAACUCAAAGCUUCCAGAGAUACAUUAAGAAUGGUUCAAGGUGGUUUAGAACAGGAAAGGAGUCGAAGUGUAAAGAGAGAACAAGAAGCAUUUUCAGCAAAACAUCAACUUGCUACAGUGCAAGAAGAAUUGACACGAUUACAAGAAAAGAUCAAGUUGGUGGAACAGGAAAGAGAUGCAUUCAAGAUGAUUGCUAAGAAUGAAGAAAUCGCCAGAAUUGCAGCAGAAGGACGAAUACCAUUACCACAAUCGACCAAGGACGAAUUUACAUCACCAAAGAAGAUUAGAGGAUCGAUAGAUUCCCUUACAAUUUCACCAUCUGGAGCAGGUCAGGAAGAACUCGAUGAUCUUAGAUUGAAGUUGGAAUGGGAAAUUCAAAGAGCAAACCGAGCCCUUGAUCAAGUCGAGUUUUUGGAAAUGGAAUCUAGCAUACAUGUAUGCGAACCAAAGUCCAACAAAAGAAAGUCAACAGAUACACAGGAACUUGAUGAUGAUCCAACAAGACAAGCCAAAGCCCCGAGAACUGUUUUUAUACCUUCCGAAGGAAUUUUUAAAUCAGUACCUGAAGAGUCUUUCUCAACAUCUAUGGAAAACUCUCACUCCGAAACUAAUAUGCAUCUUCAACAACCAUUGAAUCAAUCUACCAACUCACAAAGAGAAGUAACGCCAUCUCACGAUCCACCAUCUGCGGCUCUCAUUUCUGAUAGCAAUACCUCCCUUCUCUCAAUCUUCGAUGAAGUAGCCAGUCCAAAAACCAGCAGAUCACUUCAAAGCCCUAUCAAUAUUCCAGAAGCUGAGGCUGAAGAAGCUGAAGAUUUAAAUAAUUCCACUUCAACCACAAUACACCAUCCUCAAGCUCAUCACGAUCACCAUCAUCACCACGAACCAACCUUUCACACAAUCUCAACUACAACCCGCGUCCCACUUGCCGAUUCCUCUGAAGAUCAAACAUUCCCCAUAACUCCAAGCACCCCAACCUCUGGUACGCUUCCAAACAACACAAAUGACCCAGCAUUAAACCCAACAAUGUCAAGAGAAGAAGCUCUAGCAAUGAUUCGUGAAAGAAGAGGUAGAGCAAGAAGUUUAGCAAAUGUUACUAUGACACCUAAAAAACAAAUGGUGGAGGGUGGAACUAGGAGGGAUAUUAGUGCACCAGCUAGUAGUGUUACUCCUGCAAGAGGGAGAAGUCAUGGAAGAUGA